AUGACCACGAAAAAUACUCCAGUGUAUGUUUACUACGAAUCACUUUGUCCUGAUUCCCAAGCUUUCAUUACCAAGCAAUUGUAUCCAGCAAUGAAAAUGUUAAAGGAUCACGUUGACUUGCAUUUGAUUCCAUUUGGAAAAUCAACAUAUCAAACCCGUGGGGCUGACACAACAUUUGAAUGUCAUCAUGGGCCCAAUGAAUGUUAUGGAAACAAAAUUCAAGCUUGCGCCAUAAAUCAUAUUCAAGUUGAUUCGUUCCAACAAGAAAAUACCCGUGAGACACUGAUUGUUGAGUACAUCAACUGCUUGAUGAAGAAUGACUACAAAGAUGUAGUUUAUCCCAGCCUCGCUCGCAAUUGCUCGACUCAGGUUCAAGUGAAGAAUUUCGAUUCGAUUCAAACCUGCGCCAAUUCAACUGAAGGCAGCAAAUACUUGGAACAGAUGGGAGAAAUGACACUCAAACUUCAAAAUCCAUUGAAAAGUGUUCCAACAAUUACCAUUAAAGAAAGUUAUGAUGAUAAAAUUCAAAACUUAGCACUAACAGACUUCUCAUCAGCUGUUUGUCAGAACCUUCCAAAACCAAUCCCUGCCGUUUGCCGUGCCUAUUCAUCAGCUACUUCUAUUUCUGGAAGCAUCGUACUUGGCGUUUUAUCGCUCGUCGCUUCCUUAUCUCUCAUGAUGUAAUUAUGACGUACUUCCAAAACACUUGGAAAUAAAAGAAAAGUAUUAAAAUCUCAUGAAUAAUUAAUGAGCUUAUGUGACGUUCAUUGAAAAAAAAUUCGCUGGUCAUUUUCAAAGCUUUUUAAAACAUUUCAAAAAUAUAAAUUUUAAAUUGUAAGCUAAAUUUUGUUUUUUUUUAAUUAUUUUGAUAAUGAAAAUGUUUUGGAUUCAAUUUUUUAGAAACACAAAUACAAAGUUCAGCUGAUGAUGGAAAUGAAACAGUUUGAAAAAAUAAAACAAAAAGUUGUUUUACUCUGAUCAA